AAACAGGAAGUAUGACGUAACGUUUAUUUUGGUGAAGAAGAAAAAGCGACGCCGAGGCAGAGGUGACGGGAUAACAAAAUGGAGCAAAACGUUGAGGAUUACAAGCUCAUAUUUGAGAAGGAGGGCGUUUACCUGCACACAAAUGCAAAGAAGAGUAACCAGGACACGACCAUCCCGGGGUUCAUCCGCAUUGUGGAGCGGGCCGGCGUGCCCGCUUUAGAGUGGAGCCCCCUGGAGGAUGGAGGCCGUAGUGCACCGGCUGUACUCUACACCAAAAAGGACAGAGACGGAGGAGAGGAGGAUAUGAACUUUGACCCCGGCUACGAGCCGGACUGGGCCGUCAUCAGCACAGUGAAGAGAGACCGGGAGCAGGUCCCCGUCAGAGACUCAGGUCUGUGGUCGUUCUCGCUGGCCCUCUCGGAGCUGUACUCCCUCCGGAGGGCUCGCAUCUCUCUGGGGAAGAACUUCCUGGUGCUGACGAGUCGAGGGGGCCACCCGCUGCCCGCCCUGCACUUCCACCGCGGAGGCACCCGGGAGCUUUUCAGCGCCCUGCAGCGCUACAUCAUGCUGGACCAGUCGCCGGUGGACGGGCGCCUCUUCCUCGCCUACCCUCACGACUCGGGCGCUCUCUCUCAGUCCUUCGAAAAGCUGCAGCUGCUCGACGACGGAGGCGUCGAUCUCGUUUCGAGGUUCAUCCACGACCCGUACGCCACCACGUUCGGCGGAUUCUCCAAAGUCACCAAUUUCUUCAAAGCGGCCCUCAAACCUCCGGGCUCCCCCGGCCACUUCCGCACCGCCCAGGAUCCCAGUUUGCCCCACCAGUGCGACGAAGAGCCCGGCUUCGAACUCAUCAACUGUGGCGUGGCGCUCGGGCCCAGACCGGACGUGACCAGAGGAGAGCCGCUGGACCAAUGGGACGAAUUCCUGGACCCAGAGGGGCGAGUGAAGAACCCGGAGAAGAUCAAAGAGCUCGUAUUCAGAGGGGGUGUCACACCGUUCCUGCGGAAGGAGGUGUGGAAGUUCCUCCUGGGCUUUUACCCGUGGGACAGCACCGCCAAGGAAAGAGAGGACAUCCUGCGGCUCAAGACGGACGAGUACUUCAGAAUGAAGGUGCAGUGGAAGUCGGUUGGUGAAGAGCAGGAGAUGAGGAACUCCCUCCUCAGAGGAUACAGAAGCCUGAUAGAGCGAGACGUCAGCAGGACGGACCGACACAACACGUUCUUCUCCGGGAACGACAACCCAGGACUGACUCUGCUGCACGACGUGCUGAUGACGUACUGCAUGUACAACUUUGAUCUCGGUUACGUCCAGGGGAUGAGCGACCUCCUGUCUCCUCUCCUCUUCGUCACCCAGAACGAGGUGGAGUCCUUCUGGUGCCUAACGGGCUUCAUGGCGCUGCUGCACCAGAACUUUGAAGAGUCUCAGGAGGCCAUGAAGAAGCAGCUCCUCCAGCUUAGCAUCCUGCUGAAGGCUCUGGACCCGGAGCUAUGCGACUUCCUGGACUCUCAGGACUCCGGCUCUCUGUGCUUCUGCUUCCGCUGGCUGCUCAUCUGGUUCAAGAGGGAGUUUUCCUUCGAGGACAUCCUCACCAUGUGGGAGGUGCUCUGGUCCGGUCUACCCUGCGACAACUUCCACCUGCUCAUCGCCUGCUCCAUCCUCGUGUCCCAGAGAGGCGAGCUGAUUGGCUCAGACCACGACUUCAACACCAUCCUGAAGCACAUCAACGAGCUCACCAUGAAGCUGGACCUGCAGACCGUCCUGCGAGGAGCGGAGUCCAUCUUCCUGCAGCUGACCCAGUGCAAGGAGCUCUCCCUGAAGGUGCAGGAGGUCCUGGGUCUCUACAUCCCGUCCAGCUCCGAGGAGGACAGCCCGGACUCCUCCCAGGCCAGCGAGACGCGACGCCUCCUCGCCUCCUCGCCGGCCGGAGCCUCUUCUUCUUCUUCUUCUUCUUCUCCCGCGGCGCGCGUUCCCACCUAUCCUUAAACCUGCAGGUCAGCCGGGGGAACUGAAAUACAUGGACGAUCUUUAUAUGAAAAUAAACUCUCUCUAUAUAUAUGUAUAUAUACAUAUACAGGACUGUCUCAGAAAAUUAGAAUAUUGUGAUAAAGUUCUUUAUUUUCUGUAAUGCAAUUAAAAAAACAAAAAUGUCAUGCAUUCUGGAUUCAUUACAAAUCAACUGAAAUAUUGCAAGCCUUUUAUUAUUUUAAUAUUGCUGAUUAUGGCUUACAGCUUAAGAAAACUCUAAAAUCCUAUCUCAUAAAAUUUUAAUAUUUCCUCAGACCAAGUAAAAAAAAGAUUUAUAACAGCUGAGUGUUUGUCAAGGCUCAGGAAACCCUUGCAGGUGUUUCGAGUUAAUUAGACAAUUCAAGUGAUUUGUUUAAUACCCUACUAGUGUACUUUUUCAUGAUAUUCUAAUAUUUAGAGAUAGGAUAUUUUAGUUUUCUUAAGCUGUAAGCCAUAAUCAGCAAUAUUAAAAGAAUAAAAGGCUUGCAAUAUUUCAGUUGAUUUGUAAUGAAUCCAGAAUGCAUGACAUUUUUGUUUUUUUAAUUGCAUUACAGAAAAUAAAGAACUUCAUCACAAUAUUCUAAUUUUCUGAGACAGUCCUGUAUAUAGACUGUAUUAUGAUGGAAUGAAGAAUGUUGUUACCAUUGGUCGGAGACAGGGGGCGCUGUUGAGGCUCUUUUCUUUUAUGAAUGUUUACCAAGAUGUUAUAGAAACACGCUCCUCCUUUUUCUUUCUGUGUGUUGCCGUCCUCCUUUUCCAUCACAGCCUGUCUCCUCCUCCUCCUCCUUUACCUCCUGACACGUUAUAUUUACGUCCGCCUCGCUCCACCGUUCCUCCGACGGGUGAAGAAGAUGAAGGAAACCUCGUUGCUGUGAUGUCAUCAGCCGACUGCAUGCCUUAUAGUUUGUUUUUAAUCCCCUGUAAUUAUCCACAUGAUGUCAUCACGUAUUCAUCCGCUGAUUCUUUCCAAAUAAAUGGUUGAAUUUGAAGAAGCGGGA